AUGUGCUUUUUAAGACGGCCGGGAGUGCCUGCGAGCUGGAUCUGUUGGAGGAUGCUGCGGCAGGUGCUUCGCAGAGGGCUCCAGUCGUUCUGCCACAGGCUGGGCUUGUGCGUGAGCCGGCACCCGGUCUUUUUCCUCACCGUGCCCGCAGUCCUGACCAUCACCUUCGGCCUCAGCGCGCUCAACCGCUUCCAGCCCGAGGGCGACCUGGAGCGCCUGGUCGCUCCCAGCCACAGCCUGGCCAAGAUCGAGCGCAGCCUGGCCAGCAGCCUUUUCCCCCUGGACCAGUCCAAAAGCCAGCUCUAUUCGGACUUACACACCCCUGGGAGGUAUGGUAGGGUGAUCCUCCUCUCCCCACCCGGGGACAAUAUUUUGCUUCAGGCAGAGGGGAUCCUGCAGACCCACCGAGCCGUGCUGGAAAUGAAGGAUGGGAGGAACAGUUUUAUUGGACACCAACUGGGCGGGGUAGUGGAAGUGCCAAACAGCAAGGACCAGCGGGUCAAGUCAGCCAGAGCCAUUCAAAUCACCUACUACCUCCAGACCUAUGGCUCUGCCACCCAAGACCUCAUAGGGGAGAAGUGGGAGAAUGAGUUCUGUAAGCUUAUGAGGAAGCUUCAGGAGGAGCAUCAAGACCUCCAACUCCACUCUUUAGCAUCCUUUAGCCUCUGGAGAGACUUUCAUAAGACCAGCAUCCUGGCCAGAAGUAAGGUCCUGGUGAGCCUCGUGCUGAUCCUGACCACAGCUACCCUCUCCAGCUCCAUGAAGGACUGCUUGCGCAGUAAGCCUUUCCUGGGCCUCCUGGGGGUGCUCACAGUGUGCAUCUCCAUCAUCACUGCAGCAGGGAUCUUCUUCAUCACGGAUGGAAAGUACAACUCCACCCUGCUGGGAAUCCCGUUCUUCGCCAUGGGUCAUGGAACUAAAGGAGUAUUUGAGCUUCUGUCUGGAUGGCGGAGAACCAAAGAGAAUUUGCCCUUCAAAGACAGGGUAGCAGAUGCCUAUUCUGAUGUGAUGGUCACCUAUACCAUGACCAGCUCCCUGUACUUCAUCACCUUUGGCAUGGGGGCCAGCCCAUUCACAAACAUAGAGGCUGUGAAAGUCUUCUGUCAAAAUAUGUGUGUCUCUAUUCUGUUGAACUACUUCUACAUUUUCUCUUUCUUUGGCUCCUGUCUGGUCUUCGCUGGACAACUAGAGCAAAACCGCUACCACAGCAUCUUUUGCUGCAAGAUCCCUUCUGCAGAAUACCUGGACCGCAAACCAGUGUGGUUCCAGACAGUGAUGAGUGAUGGGCAUCAACAGACAUCCCAUCAUGAGACGAACCCCUACCAGCACCACUUCAUUCAGCACUUCCUCCGUGAGCAUUACAACGAAUGGAUUACCAAUAUCUAUGUGAAGCCAUUUGUUGUCAUCCUGUAUCUCAUUUAUGCCUCCUUCUCCUUCAUGGGGUGCUUGCAGAUCAGUGAUGGAGCCAACAUCAUCAAUCUACUAGCCAGUGAUUCUCCAAGCGUUUCCUAUGCUUUGGUCCAGCAGAAAUAUUUCAGCAACUACAGCCCUGUGAUAGGAUUCUACAUCUAUGAGCCCCUUGAAUACUGGAACAGCAGUGUCCAGGAGGACCUACAGAGGCUCUGUAGUGGAUUUACUACAGUGUCUUGGGUGGAGCAGUACUACCAGUUUCUGAAAGUCAGCAACAUCAGUGCCAACAACAAGAGUGACUUCAUCAGUGUCCUACAAAGCUCAUUUUUAAAAAAGCCAGAAUUCCAGCAUUUUCGAAAUGAUAUCAUCUUCUCCAAGGCAGGGGAUGAGAACAACAUCAUUGCUUCUCGCUUGUAUCUGGUGGCCAGGACUAGCAGAGACAAGCAGAAGGAAGUCAUAGAAGUGCUGGAAAAGUUGAGACCCCUGUCCCUCUCAAAGAGCAUCCGAUUCAUCGUAUUCAAUCCCUCCUUCGUUUUCAUGGACCAUUACAGCUUGUCUGUCACAGUGCCUGUUCUGAUUGCAGGCUUUGGUGUUCUCCUGGUGUUAAUCCUGACUUUUUUCCUAGUGAUCCACCCUCUGGGAAACUUCUGGCUAAUUCUUAGUGUCACCUCAAUCGAGCUGGGCGUUCUGGGCUUAAUGACAUUAUGGAACGUCGACAUGGAUUGCAUUUCUAUCUUGUGCCUUAUCUACACUUUAAAUUUUGCCAUUGACCACUGUGCACCACUGCUUUACACAUUUGUAUUAGCAACUGAGCACACCCGAACACAGUGUAUAAAAAGCUCCCUGCAAGAGCAUGGGACAGCCAUUUUGCAAAAUAUUACUUCUUUUCUUAUUGGGUUGGUCCCCCUCCUAUUUGUGCCUUCGAACCUGACCUUCACACUGUUCAAAUGCUUGCUGCUCACCGGGGGUUGCACACUUCUGCACUGUUUUGUUAUUUUACCUGUGUUCCUAACCUUUUUCCCUCCUUCCAAAAAGCACCACAAGAAAAAGAAACGCGCCAAAAGAAAGGAGAGAGAAGAAAUCGAAUGCAUAGAGAUUCAAGAGAACCCUGAUCAUGUCACCACAGUCUGA